UUAUUCCCUAGAUGCCUACUUUAAGCCAGUACAACAUUUUGAGUAGACUAAGAUCUAAACUAGUCGUUUCAACGGCAUUAGCAAGUCAAGGAGACAGCGCAGCAGCAGACGACCAAGAAGCUGAACCCCAGGAACAGGAAGAAGUUUCUAGACCAGUAUCUACAGAGGAAGAGCAGGCUUAUUCAAGUGCAGUUGAAGUUGCAGAGGUGGCCAGUAACACAUCAAGCAACACAAUCAGAUCUGACACGCCACGAGAACAACGCAUUAGAUCUUCGAAAUAUACAAGCAUAUCUGAGAACUGUAAGAUGGGCGCAGUUCCGGAAGUAGAAACUAACGAAGCGGUGUCUUCGGAAACGAGCUCUGUCUCUGUGCCAGAAGAAAAGGCUGAAUUAGACAAGGAGCUCAAUUCACCUUUGGAGGUAGCCAGUUUAGACAGCGAGCCAUACGUUGUGUCUUUACAAGACUCUGAAAACGAUCCCAGUGGGAGACCUUUCAAAAGAACUCCUACAAAACCUUGUUUAAAAAGAAGCGACAGCUGUUUCAUCAGAAGACCAGAGAGCAGAAGUAAAAGUGUGACCUUUGAAAGACCUUACAGUGUUUUCAGUGAUCUUGGUCGAAGAAGCCUUAACAGUUCCCAGUCGGACUUUUCCCUUCCAUACAUUGCUGGUACGUCUAAGACUAUUCACAAUGAUAUCGACGAUUCAGACAGCGAUGACAACGUGUUUCUGACCGAUACAGAAAGAACAGCGUCAACAGAACGAAAACAAGCAAGGGAAUCCAUUCAGAACCGACCUUCAAGCUGUGGCCCAGCUAUGCAAAGAUCUUCCCCAGCAAGUUCUGAGUCUCAGCGCCCGGAAUCUGAACGCCGUAGAAGCUUCAAUCUCAACCGACGCCCAAGCUAUGAAAACCUCCCUCUCCUGCCUAGGUUUUCUUUCUGGGGAUUCUUUUCUGUCAGACGAGGAAGCGUCAUCAAUAGGACACUCUUUUCAAGCAACGCUAUCAACUCGGAGAGAAGAGAUCUUGGCUUAGAACCGUACGAGGUCUACAUCAUUCGCAACUGCAGACUAAUCAGGAGAGACAGAAUGGGGCACAACCUUAACUCUCUAGAGUCUCCUAAAGAUGCCAAGAAACGUUUUGAUUUCUCAGAUGCUAAAGAAGAUACCGACGGUGGCAUCAAUGAAUCUGAAGACAGGAUGAAAAGUACAGAAAACAAAGGAUCUCCUUCUGAUGAUUCCGAAAUAAGGGAGCCGGAGGUCUCAGGUUUAAGAAUCAACCAUUUAGAAAUCCACCGAUGGUCCAACGAGAAACAAGCGAUUGUCGUAGAGAGACCAACUUCUGCUUCAGAGAUGGCAACAAAUGGCCUGAUGGUGCAGAAGUCUACUCCGUGGAAAGAAGAAGUUCUGCAACUGCCCGAAGAGAAGAAGGAAGAGCUUCUCAAGCUUGGCUUUCGAAAACCUGCAAAAACCAAAAAGAAGAAAAGCAAAAGUGAAAAAAAGAAAGCGGACACAGAAUCUGCUGCUCCACAAAGAAUAGAGAUCAAUCUGAAAGAGGAUCCUUUAUUGAUAAAGGUCAGCAAAAAGAACAAAAACGUGGGUCACUUCCUAGAGAAACCAGCUCCGCAGCCCAACGCCGUCUGCUUUGAGAUUCUAGGUAGCAACCAGACGCACAACGAGGUCAAACUUCAGCUGGAGAGAUUACUGAAGACCUGCCCAGAGGUAAGGAUAAUGAGUAUCAAGUUUGACCACAGAGCUAUCUAUAACAAUUCUAAAGAGAUGUUUAACAGAUGGAUCAUCACCACUAACUCCAUAUUGGGCAGAAACAGACUGGCGGGGUGCGACAUGGUUUUUGACGAACAGGUGGUCCAGCUGCGGCGCUACGAUGACGUCAUUAACGGCGAGUUCCAGCAGUUCACAAGGAUGCAGAACUUCGUCAAGAUGAUGAACAACAGAAAAAUUCUCGGCAAAGCGGCAGGGGAGAAAACUAUGACUUGAGACUUGAAACUAUGUAUUUGUUACAUCAUUUCUCAACUACAAAUAUGACCAUGACAUACUGUCGAAGGGCAGAAACAAAUGCAUUAGUAUUUCGACGGGAUACCUAGUAGUUGGAAAAAGUGGCAUUUUUUUUUAAAAUAAUCUUAGUUUAUUUUUAAAUAUACAGCAAUAAUCUCACCCUUUUUCAGAGAACACAUAAUGAAAAUAAAAAUAAUAUUUAUAGUUGUAAUUAUUAUAACAGACCCGACCUCAUUCAUUGGAGAUAAUAUAAGUAGAGGCGUCGCUUGUGGCGAAUAAUUAUGUGAUUUAGUUAGCAACAGUUAUCCUUUAUUCAGGCGCGUAGCUAGUAAUUUUCCAUCGUUUGGGGGCCCAGAGGGGCUUGACCACUUUGGGGGCCCCUGCUUUUUUUUGCGUAAUAUUUAAAUUUUAAUGUAAAAAAAAAACACUCAUCCGGGGGGAAUUUCAAAUUCUCUCUCCCCCCCCUCCCCUAGCUACGCAACUGCCUUUAUUUUAGCGUCCUUGAUCUAGUGUCUAUAUUGUCUAUUUCAAAGUCACUCCCGAUAUUUGUCUUUUCAUUUUCUUACGCUUUUCCUUUUUGUCUUCUCUACCAAAGCCACCACAUUGUACAAUAUCGUUUUCUAUGCUUUUUUUUUCUUUUUCUGUAGUUAAUUGAUAUGCAACAAAAAAUAUAUAAAAUAUAGAGUUUGUAUUUAAAAUUGGGGUCAAAUAAAGUUAAUUGGAAUACUUACUAGAUCUACCAUUAUUCACAAUUAUUCUCAUUUCUGUUCUGUGAAGGAUCACAGGGACUCGGGAGCCAUGAAAUGGGGUGAGGAGGCGUGUUGAUCUCUGAGGGUUGAUCAAACACCAAUGCUCCCAAGGAAAUCAAUGUCUCCUUUUCUUCUUCCCCCGUCCCCCCUUCUCUCGCUUCCUCCCCUCCCCCCCCCCCUCCCAGUACCAGAUGUAGCCCAUGUCACAAGAGAGUCUCAACGAGCAAUGUCUGCUAUCAAAGACUAGACUGUCUUUAACGUUUGGAUUUGUCAGACGUUCGAGAAGGCUCGACUGGUGUGUGUGUGUGUGUGUGUGUAAGAUAGAAACAAAUUCCAUUUUGAUUCUGUUUUGAGUUAUUCCGUGUUACCAGAAAGUUACUCACGCUUUCAGCAAGGCAACUCUAAGAUCUAAUAUUCUUUAGUUUCAAACAAAAGUGAUUCUAAAAGUGUGAUGAUGAGUAUAUAGAGUAAAGAGCUUACUGAGAGAGAGAACUAUAAGUUCCUACAAACGUGCUAGAGCCAAUGAUCCACUUGUAUAGAAAGGAGAACACAAAUGUAAAUGUCUACGGUCUUAGUAUUUCAU